AUGGCCUGCAACCGGUACUUCAAAUCGUGCAACGGAUUGUAAAGGGAAUCACGACAUUUCCAAUACCGAACAUUUAAGUCCACAGUAAUGCCAACAAACGACAUACAACUGCUGAGUUCAACAGCAACAACAACACCAAAUGAAAGGCUUGUAACGGGCCGAGCUGACAGUCGACAUUAACUGUAAAUACCGAAACACUCAAGGCAAUUGUUUCGGAAGAUACGCUAAAGAGCGGCUUCAAAGUGAUCAUUGGCCGCGGUACAAAGCAGGUGCCCUACAACAUAGUAAACCGUGCCGUUAUGUGUAUGUGGCAACAAACGGAUACAAUACCAACGACAACAUAAUCAUUGUGAAUGUCAAACAGAGAUAUCAAUUGCAAGUCGAGAGUUGCCAGUCGUAUAACAAUUAUUGCGAAGUCGCGUGGGCUUUCCGCACUUAAACGUUGCUCGGAGCAAGUACAGCUAAACCAACACCAACAAGUAACAACAACGAAAACAACAAAUCUUAGCGAGUCACCAUAGCAGCGCGAUGAGUGUGGACGUGGCAAUAAGCAGGCAGUAUAGUGAAAUCACUACAACAACAUCAUCCUCAACUACAAAAACAACAGAUAAAGACACAGUUGCAACCAAAGCAACGCAAUCGUCGGCAUGGACAGCGCUUCGCUGGCCGAUUGGUUUAUGCGAAAUCGGCGAAUCUACGACAGCAACAACAACAACAAAUUGCAUGGCUACAACAAAAGCUUUACAGUCAAAGCGAGUUGAUAGCAACACUUGCCGACAGCAAUGUGAUGAAGAUGACCACAACAACAACAAAAACAGCAAAAACAAGAGCAAAGACAUGAAUAUCCCCUCAGCGCAACGAGCAGCAAGCCAAAAGCGAAGGCGAAUACAGCAACACAUACAGUUAGGCCAACACUGUGGCAUCCACAUGCAACGCCGGCAACAGCAACAAUCCCAACAACAACAUUGGCGGCAUUAUCUGCUGCAGCCACUACAACGAUGCGCAUUCUCCAAAGACGAUGAUGCCUGUUGGAGCGCCAGCUUUUCCACGAUUCUAAAGCAACAACAACAAUGGCUGCGCGUUUGCCUUGUGCUCGUCAUUUGCCUGUCACUGCCCUCAGCAACGAAUACAAAACCUCAGACCUCAGCAACAGCGCCAACGACACUUGUCACGGAACCAACAUUGAGAGCUACACUAACAACAACAGAAAUAGUAAUAGCAACAUCAAAGCCAGCAGCCACAAUCAGCCAAACGGCGCAGUCGCCAUCUCCACCGCCGCCGCCGUCGGCAACUGAGAGUGAUGACAACAUUGUGACCAACGAAACUACCAACUUCACGUACACGCACAACACCACAAACAACGCUAUCGGAAAUGUCAUCAUUCCCUCAACCAAGCUCAGCGUAAAUUCAACGACCGCAUCAAAAGCUCUGGUGCAGACGUUGGCGGCGCUCACGGUGGGUGCGUUGACAGUGUCAACAGCAUUGCCGGCGGCUACGCAAACAUUCACAUCCUCAUCGCUGUCAUCAGCAGCAGCAACAACAGCACGGCAAACACACGACACAACUAGAGCGGCAACAACAAUGUUUGACUACGCCGUCAAUGCGUUGGCGGAAGCGGAGGGCAGCGGAGAUGACAAGCCCGAUACGCAAACGGCAUGGAAUGCGCACUUCGUCAAUGGCAUGCUGCAUGACAUUGAAACAACAACAACGUCAAAUGAAUCACCAACAGCUAAAUAUCACGGCAGCAACAAUAAUAUCAUUCGCAAUGCGCCCAGUGGGAGCAACACUUUGUGUAGCAUGCAGCAACACAGUCCCAUAAAUGCUAACACCGACACCAGCAACAACAACUACGCAAGCGUAGACGCAGGCUUGAGCAGGAUUCGUCACCAUCGCGUUACACGUUCCGUGGGCCAUGGCAGCCCUGGCAGUGUAGGCUUAAGCGGCAGCAGUUUUGGUGCUGUAAGUCAAGGUGUUAGUAGUGGCAGCGGGUUGACGGGGAGCGGUAGCAGUGGCGUUGUUAGCCUCUCGAAUACGCACGAUGGCGAAAGUAAUAAUCAUAACAGUAUCGAAUGUCCUAGUUUCGAUGAGAAUUCGGCGUGUCCAUGCUACAAAUUCGAAGACGGCUUAUUUCUCGAGUGUCCCGGCACGACGGCCAUGUCUUUGCGCAGCACAUUGGAACGCAUCUCGUCGCCGAUACAUUCAUUAUCCAUUUAUGAUUUCGAUCGUUCGGUCACGUCUCUCUCGCAGGAUGUCUUUCAACCAGGUGUCAAUAUAAGGCAUUUGCAAUUUUCACACUCACACUUGGAGACGCUAAAGGAUAACAGUUUGCGGCAUGUACGUGCAACAUUGGAGUCGUUGAGCAUUGUUAAUGGAAAAUUAACACAGAUACCAUCGCGAGCACUCAACGGCAUGCAGAAGAUGAGCGCACUUGAUUUUGAUUAUAAUGAGAUUGUGCGUAUCGAAGACUACAGCUUCUACGGACUGCGUUUGUCGAAGCUCAACAUGAAGGGCAACCAACUGCAGUCAAUACCUGAGCACGCUUUCGUAGGACUGGAGGAGUCCAUACAAGAGAUUGAUCUAUCCGAGAAUGCUUUGCGUACAUUUCCGUUACUCUCUUUACGUAAACUCGAUUACUUGCGUACGUUGCGUCUAUCCAACAACAAGAUCUCUACAUUUUAUGGUGAUAUAACGCUCGCGACGAACAACGCUUCGGCAGCGGCAACGGUGUUACGGCUGCCGUCUUUGAUAUUUCUGGACUUGAGUUCAAAUCAAUUUACGGAUAUUGUGAAUGAUUGUUUUAGCGCCUUUCCACAGUUGAAAACACUUUCGCUGUAUGCGAAUCAGAUAGAACUCGUACAACCGGAUGCGUUCAAGAGUUUGAAGGAGUUAAUGUCGCUCGAUAUGUCACACAAUCGCAUCAUUUCUUUGGAUGCCAAAAUUUUCGAUAAAAACAAACGUCUACAGACUGUAGAUCUUAGUCACAAUCAUGUGCACUCAAUUAGUGGUGUCUUCUCGAAUUUACCGCAAUUACGUGAAGUCUUUCUCUCCGAAAAUAACAUACUCGAAUUGCCUGCAGACGCCUUUACGAAUUCGUCCAAUGUGGAUGUGAUUUAUUUGGAAUCGAAUGCCAUAGCGCACAUCGACCCGAAUGUCUUUAGCACGCUUGUGAAUCUAGAUCAUUUAUAUUUGCGUUCCAACUUCAUACCGUUAGUGCCUGUAACGCUCUUCGAUAAAUGCCAGAAACUCACUUCAUUAUCGCUCGAUAACAAUCAAAUACAAGAUCUCGAGAUCGGCAUGUUUAGGAAGUUGGAAUUUUUACGUGAAGUGCGCUUACAUAACAAUCGUAUACGACGCAUACGCAAGGGUGUGUUCGAGCCCUUACCGGCAUUACAGGAACUACAUGUACAAAAGAACAAUAUCGAGGAUAUCGAACCGGGCGCCUUUCAAAGUCUUACCAAUUUACAGCACAUCAACUUACAAGAUAACCAACUGACCGUGUUGGAAGACAUUUUUCCCAACGACAAGACCAACUCUUCGCUGCUUUCUAUACAGCUAGAGGAGAAUGAGCUGCACAAGAUACACGUGCGCACAUUUCGGCGGCAGGAGCGCAUACAGAUUAUGUGGCUGCGUGACAAUCAGCUGAUUCGCGUAGACAAAAGCAUGUUCGUGGAUCUGCUGAUGCUCGGACGUCUAUACCUUAGCAAUAACAUCAUACGCGACAUCGACAAGGAUACUUUCAGCACGCUGAAACAUUUGAAAUUUCUCGACUUAAGCGGCAAUCGGCUGAAGCAUGUGCGCCGUGAAUACUUUGCACCGCUCGUGAGCUUAGAAGAGCUAAGUCUCUCACAAAACUAUAUUGAAGCGCUGGAAAGUUAUUGCUUCAAUAAAUUGAAGAAUCUACGCGUACUCGAUCUCUCGAACAAUCCUUUGGUACAAUUAACCAAAGAUAUUUUCAUGGAAGAACUACCUUUGACGUUUUUGAAUUUGCGCAACACUUCGCUACGCAAAAUUGAGCUGCACACCUUCAAGGCGCUGCAGAACCUAAAUGAACUCAAUUUGGAGGACAAUCAAUUAAACCCCUCCGAUAUACAUAAACUAGAUGUGCCGAGCUUACGAAGUCUCUACCUCGCGCACAACGAUUUCAGUCACGAGCGUGUGGGUGGCAUAACGGCCGGCAUGUUCGAUAAGAUGCGCUCUCUACAAUUGCUUACGAUGGCCAAUUGCAGUCUCGAUUUAUUACCAGACGAGAUUUUCACUAAGAAUACCAAUCUCGUUAAGCUCGAUCUGUGCGACAACCGCAUUACUGUUAUGAAUCGGAAUAUUUUCAAUGGCCUAAAUGUGUUUAAAGAGUUGAAGUUGUGUCACAAUCAGCUCUCGGAGUUUCCGCACAUUGCGCUAUAUAACUUGAGCACGCUAGAGACCUUGGAUUUGUCACGCAAUCAGCUGACUUCUACAGACUUCUUCAAGCUUAGCGGUACGCUGAAUCUGCGUCAACUAAAUUUGCAUGACAACAAAAUCACUUCGUUGAGCGGUUUCAAUGCGGUGAACCUGACCCAACUCGAUAAUAUUGAUCUUAGCGGCAAUCUUUUAUUAUCUUUGCCUGCGAAUUUUUUGAGACACUCUAUAAAUUUACAGCGUGUAGACUUGUCGAGUAAUCGUUUUCUGCAACUGCCAAGUUCCGCGCUUUCGGACAUCUCCAUACCACGCCUCUCUUGGCUCAAUCUCACUGGCAACCCAAUAAAUAAGAUUUACACAGUGAAAGAGGAGCGUUACCCCUACCUUAAGGAGCUUUACAUCUGCCAAACUAAUCUGUCCAUACUGACUUCCAAAGACUUCGAAGCUUUUCAGGCUUUGCAGCACUUACAUCUGGUUAAUAAUCGCAUCACACGCAUCUCACCUGGCGCCUUCAAAUCACUCACAAAUCUGCUGACAUUGGACAUUAGCAUAAACGAAUUGGAAAUGCUGCCGAAAGAGCGUCUGCAGGGCUUGACAUUGCUGCGUUUUUUAAAUAUUUCACAUAAUAUUCUGAAAGACUUGGAAGAGUUUAGUAGCGAUUUGGCUCAGUUGCAAACUUUUGAUUUGUCCUACAACCAAUUGGAUCGCAUAUCAAAGAAAACCUUUCGAAAUCUGCAUGGGCUCAUGGAAUUGUAUCUAAUGGGCAAUCGUAUGACCGUAUUGUCGAAUGACGCUUUUCGGUACUUGCGUAAGCUACAUGUGCUUGAUCUACGUAAGAACUAUUUCGAACUAGUGCCGAUUGAGGCGCUCAAACCUUUGGAGACUAACAUAAAAACAUUGAAAUUGGAAGAAAAUCCAUUGCAUUGCAGCUGUGAUGCACAAAAGCUGUGGGAAUGGCUGCGCGAUCAUCGAAAAUGGUCCCAAACGAGCGCCGGUGAUGGCAUUAAUUACUUAAGGUGCGAACAUCCAGUGGACUUGAGGGGCAAAGUGUUUGCUAAAAUGGAGCCACAACAAUUUUGUGAUGCACCGUUGAUACCGAAAAUCGCCAUACAGGAUAUCCAGCCAUAUUCGGUGGUCGUUUCGUGGUUGAGUCGUGAGCAUUUGGGUUUAACUGGCUAUGAAAUAGUAUAUUACGCGACCACAGAUGGCAUUGAUUACGAUGAGAUGCGUGGCAAACGUCUCAACGGCACCGCAAACUCAGCCAAAUUAACAAAGUUGAAUGCGAAUACACGCUACCACAUCUGCGUCAUUGGCACCGGUAAUUGGUUGUCCGAGCCGGCGGCGAAUGCGCUGCAAAGGAUACACUUUAACGAUACGGUGCUAAUGUUACGCGACGAGGCAGCCGCAAGUGCCGGCAACUACAUCGCAGGCCAACAACAGCAACACUACUAUUACGACCAACAGCAACAACAACAACAGCAGCAGCAAUCCGAAUAUUAUCAGCAAUAUUUUCACACGUAUCAACAGCCGCACGACCAGCAGCAAUUAUUUACGCAAGCCGAGCCGCAACAACAACAGGCGCUAAUCGAGAAUACCGUCGUCACGGACAAUGCGCUGCGGGACGUACUGAAAAAUACGCACAUCACCACUUGUACCGACGUACAAACACUGGACUCGACACCGAGUCUAGUGACCGACGAGAACGGGCUUUCCAGCAACGGCUUCAUACACUCGAUAUUAACGCGGCGCCUCGGUCUCAUUGUCGGCUGUUGCCUGGGCAUCAUUGUGUUUAUUGUCAUGAUUUCAGUGUUGAGUUAUGUGAAACUGAAGAAGCAACGCAUUGAGAAUGCUAAAAGACAAGCCGCCAUGCCACCCGAAUACAUUUCGUAUCGACACUUCUCCAUACCUAAUGAGGAGCUGGUGCGCGCCUCAGUAGUCGGUGGCGCUACCACGACAAUUUCGAGUGUACCAAGCGGCAUAAGUGCACACAUCAGCGGCACCAGCCUGAGCACCAGCGCCACAGCCACCACGGCAACUACGCCACUGGGAACUACUGGCAGCAAUGGCACUGACAGUAAGGGCGUCGGUGGUGGCGGCGCAGUGACAUCCGCUACCAACACACUGAAGAAGAGUGAAGUCAACGCCAACUUAACAGGCGUGAGUGGUGUGAGCGUCGGUGUGAGUGUCGGUGUGGGGAUGGUUAUUGCCGAAGGCAAUGGCUUGGUGAAUUUGACCUCAACGGGCACAAAAGCAACGAGCAAUGAUGUCAGCGGCACAACGACAUCAGUGGACGCAACAGCGACAGCGACAGCGAACAACCAUAAUCACCAUGCACAUCAGCAGCAGCACCAGCAAUUGCGGCUACAGCAUCAACACCAGCACCAGCUACAGCGCCAGCAACAGCAGGCGGGCAAUCACCAUCAUCAUGUUGUGGGCAAUAGCGGUGUGGGCUAUAUGUCGUCGGGCGUUGUUUUGGGCGCGAAUCACUUGAAUGCCUGUUAGUUGCGGCACCGCGCUUGCCACACCGCCGCAAACGAUGUCACGAAGCUCCCUUUCGGCCAUAAAGUUACGAGUAUUUUUAAGGUCCUCUUAAAACAGACACAAUCGCGUAUACUCGUGCAUACAUGCAUGCAUGCAUACAUACAUACAUAUAUAGCUUGUAGGCGAAGACACCUUAGGCUAAGCAUAACUGUAAAUAUGAUAAUGUGGAAAGAAGUGACUUGUUAAUGAAAAGUAUGCAAAUCGAGGCAACGCAAGCGAUAAAGCAGUUAUGAACUUGCAAAGCAGGACAUCGUAGUUGUGCCUGUAAUUGGUGUUGUGUUAUGUGGUGCUAUGCUAUGUGGAACUAUGGUAUGCGGUGUCAUGCUAUGCUGUGUGGUACUGUGCCACACUAAGCUAAGCUGCGCUCUGCCAUGCCGUAUCAUGCGUUGCUAUGCUGGACUAUGCUAUGCUAUAACAUGCCAUGCGCUGCGUUGCCGCUUAGAGUGUAUAAAUACAUAUGUUUCUAAUGACAUUGUUAGUUGUAUUUAGCUUAGCUAUAAUGUGUUAGGCCACCUAAUUUAAGUUUAGAUUUAUAUUAGAUAGGCUGAUAUUGGAACUCUUAUUAUUUGUUGUACUUCUACAGAAGACUUUUAAUCAAAGACACUCAUCAAUAAUGCGCACACAAUAAUUCAACACACACAACUAACAUUAGCUUGAUGCUAAAUAUACAUAAAAUAUUAUAAUUGAAUUUCGAAAAAAUGAAGAUAUAAUCACUUCUGAAGUAAUUAUGUGGCUUAUAUGAGAACUUAGUGUAAAAUAAAUACUUUUUGGGAUAUUUUGUAGUUACAUGUAUAUUUAACGUAAAUUUUACAUAUCUUGCCUUUAUAUUGCACUAUACUUUGCGUAAUCAAAAAAGUUAGGUUAUAUUAAAAAAUAAGUUGAAGAUUAUGGCAGUAACUGUAUUAGCUAGCACGGCCUUACGGAAAAUUUGUAUUAUUUGUCAUGAAGGAAGACUAUAUUAAUUUUCUUUAUAAAUGUGUAGAGCAUCUAUCUUCAUCUUAUCUUCAUCUUCAUCUUCUUCAGUUAGCUGUUACUUCCGAGUGUACGAAAAUUUUAAGAAAGUUUUGCAGAGUGUAAUUUUUAAUCCAAAAGUUUAUUUGAAGCUCGAUUUAUCUUCUUUAUAAUAUAUUAAAUUAUAUAAGAAAUAUUAAUUUUCAUAGUUCAUAUAGUUAUUUCAAAGCAUAUCGAUAAAAUUUGAUAAACUUCUUAAUAUUUUAGGUUUUAUUUAAUUUUGAAAAAUUAUUUCCUAAAAUAUUUAUAUAUUUAUUGCCUUCUUACAAUAAACUUUCUAAACUUUCUUGUCAAAAAUAAAUAAUUAUUUUUAAUUAUAAAUUACUACGCUUUACGCUAAUUUUCGUACUAAGAGCGCGUGCUUUCGAAGGUAAAUUUUAUAAUGCAUUCAAAAAUAUUUUUCAAGAAUUUUCGAAAAUAAACAAUACUCGCUGUAAAAUGUAUAACUUUCAAGUUGAUUUUCAAUAUUAUUCGUUACAGUAACAUUAGGCUUACAAAAAAUUUUACCUAAUUCAAUAACAAUGAUUAUGGCUCUGAAGUUGACUUCGAAAAUCAUUAUGAGGUGAUUCCAAAAUUUUUGUAUACCUUAGAUCGAUUUCUUUCAUAUUUUGCCAAUAAUUGUUUAACCUCAUAGACAUUUUAUUGUCUUCGAUUGAACUUGUUUAACUCAAAUUAUACACCAUAGUUCCCUCAUAUUUUUUAAAUGCAUUUCCAAAAUUUAAUUUCAAAAAUUUAGAUAUUCAGCCAAAUUCCGAAUCAUUCCCUAGCUUUGGAGAAGUUAUGUAAAAUUUACAGUUCUAGACCUUGUAAAAUAAAAUACUUCAUGAGCAAAUAUACGAAGCAUAAUUAUGACAUCAGCGAAAAAGUUAAUUUCCGAGCACUAUAUACAAAAAAUGUUGAAAUUGUAUUUCUAGAAAAACACUUGAUUUGUAUGCUCAAAGUAAAUAUGAUUUAAUUUUAUUAAAAUUUUAAAUUAAAUGCAAAUCAUACACUUGAGAACAAUAUAAAACUACAUUUGCGAUGAAGUUGCGACUAUGAUCGGCACAAGUUUAUAAACACGGCCAUUGCCAGGCGCACCAUGUUGUUUUUGCUCUCUACAAAGUUGGAUGACAAAAAACGAAUGUAAAAAUUGUUUUAAUUCUCAGUAUAAUCUGAAAUUAAAAUCACAUCUAAAGUAGAUACUAAACCUCUGAGCUUAAUGCGAACCAAGGUUGCAAAUAAUGCUUUACGAAAAUAAUUGAAUUAACAUUUGAAUUAAAUUGUUUUUAUUUUGGAAUCCCGAAAAUCUUAUAUAAAAAUAAAUUUCCCAUUUUUAAUCUCAAAUAACAGAAUUAAAAAUUAAAAAUAAAUUUUUCGUACCAAAUAUCAGAUUGAAAAAAUUGUUCAUCACAAAUUAAUAAUAAAAAAUUUUAAAAAUUUUGUUUUUUGAAUAUUAAACUAUUUCGCGUUUGUGUAUUUCGUGUUAUGCCAUUUCAUCAAUUUUACAUCGGACUUAGAAAUUAAAAUUCUAGUUUUUAAUCGAAAAUUGUUUAGAAAAAAAUUCACAAUCCUGCUUCAAGGUAGUAGAUUUCCAACUUUCAAAGUUACUUCCAUAAAAGUUAGUCAAGUUUUUUCUCACCAAAAAUUUUCAAAAGAUUCAUGGCAGAAAAUAGGUGUUCGCAUGCUGCUUGUUGCUAAAAUUCUUAUAUUGUACAUGUUUCUUGAACAUAAAAUAAUGAAAAUAUCAAAAAAGUAUAAACAAAUUGAAUAUUUUGAAUGAACAUCAUUUAGUUAAACUAGAUUGCUAAUUAUUCGCUAAUUUGUAAAUUCACUGAUAUUAAUUUUGAAUAAUCCCUCUUACUUGUAUUCAUGAAAAUUUUCAGGCUCAAGUUAAACAAAUUACUUGUAUUGUAAAAAAUAGUCAAGAUAUUUCACAAUUAGUAAAAACUAGGUUAGUGAAUACUUUUAGUUAUAGAACAUAAAAACAAGAUUUUUGAAAAUCAUUGUAAAUACCAGUUCCACAACUCGUUUAUACCCAAUAAUUAAGAUAACCUAAAAAAGAGAUAAAAAAUAUUGUAAUACUAAAUAAUGACAUAAAUAAUUUACGUUUUUAUAGUGUGAGAGCUUAUUAUUGAAAGUUAUUUUCUUUUACUCGAUUUUAUACCACAGAAUUACGUAAAAAUCGAAUGCUCGAUAAGUAAUUUCACGGUUAAGCAAAACCCAUAAGCCGCUUGAGAAUUUUAAAACUUUUUUGAUUUUAAGAAAUUUCAUCACUUCAGUCCAAGAACUUUGAUAUUUCAGGAAUUGAUCCUAAAUAAGAUCCUGUACACAAGGUUCCAAAAAAAUUGAAAACUACCCUGCAUUAGCGUCAAACAAUCCGAAAAAUACUAAUGUCCUAAUAGAAAAUUCCAAACAAAACGGAACUAGUUAGAGAAACAUUAAAAUGAUACUAGUUAAAAACUCUUUUAUUUCGAGGUGACCAUAAACUAGUGCACAAAAUUACCAGAUCUGCAACUUGCAUAAAAGGGCAACUUACUAAACUUCAUAAACAGUUUUGUUGCUGUGUAUUUUUGGCUAUAUUUCUUACUUUUUUAAAUACAAAACAUAAUUUUUAAUCAAUGAAGCGUGCAUAUAUUAUUAAAGCAUAACUAAUUAUCAAUAGAAAUAGUGACUGAAAUGGAACUAGUUAGAGAAAGGUCUGAGAAAGAACAGUCCACAGUUAUAUUCCCUGAUAAUGAACCAUGGUGAAAAUGAAGGGUUUUUGUGCAUUUAUGGUUUCAUUCUAUAGUGUUUCUUAUUUUCUUAAAAUCCAAACAGAAAUCACAAGAGUCCAAAGUGUUUUUAAGUAUUUUUAGUUAAUGUAGACUUUUUUUUUUGAGUGGCAGGACUAUGCAAUACAAAGAAACAAAAAAUAGGAAUAAUAUAUUUGUCUAAUUAGUGCAGCUUACGGUUGAUACUAUGUACCUACUGGGUGGUUCACAUUUAGUUCCAGAUUGAUCUAUAAUUAAUUACAGGGUGUAGACUACAAUUAAUCCUAUGCUAGUAUAUAUAACUAGUUUUAGGUUUGUAUACAACUAGUUGCUGAGGAACUUAAACUAGUUACACGGAAAUUGCAACUAGUGCCAAGAUAGUAAACAACUAGCUAUGGUGUUCCACCACUAGAUCGUGGAGGAUCUACAACUAGUUUCAGCAUAGAACGCAAUCAGUUGUGUCAGAGUGUUCUAUCACUAAAUUAUGGUUAUACUAGUUCCCGUCUAGUUCACAACUAGUUCUUUUCAAAAAUAUUUAACAGACCUUUUUUCACACUCAACACACAUACAUAUUUAACAUGUAAUAAUUUAAGGUCGAAAUUUUAAUGCUGAGCAGGCCACAAUAAGCCUAAAAAUUAAUAUAAUAAAAAUAAAAAUAAUAAUAACAACUAGAUAAUAGAUUAAAAUUAAUUUAAUAAUUAAUUAAUUAGAUGCAAAUAAAAUUUCAAAAAUUAAAUAAUAAUAAUAACAUAGAAAACGAAAUAACACUCAAAGAGUUUCACUUGUAAAACGAACAUUUGAAUGGAAAUUCUUUUACAUUUAAGUUAGAUUAAAAAAAUAAAUAAAUAUAUUGAAAACUAACCUUAGUAAAAGAGAAAAAAUCGAAAACUUUAUGAAUUCUGCAAAUAUAACACAACCAACAACUGAACGAAAAUAAUACGCAUUAAAUCAAAAUCGAAAUAAUAUAGGAAAAUAAAUUACUGCUGAAAACACACACACACAACGUGACAUAAACACACACACAUACAAGCAGAUUUAGGUGAAUACAUGCACACAAAUAAACUAAAUAUAUAUAUAUAUAAAUGAGCGAGUUAAGGCGAUCCUAUGCGCUUCUGUAGCAGCAAAGCUAAACAUAAAAUAAACAAAUAAAUCAAAAAGGGUAAAUGAAAUAUUAAAAACAACAACAACAACUUGUGUAGCCAGUCUAUAAGAAAUAGCAAAUCAAAGUUGCACGAGCAAAUAUGAAUUUCAGCAGUUUGCACAAUAGUUAAACAAACAUACACAUAACAUAGCAUAGCAUAAGCACUUGCGAUCGACCAUUCAUUCUUUUUUGAUAUGCGAAAAUAUUCGACUUUUGUUUUUAUGCUAUCUUGAAGACUAACAAUGCAUAAAUUCUCUUUAUAAUACAAAACAAGUCUUACCAGAAUAAAAUAAUAAUAAAACCGCAAAAUGAAUUUAUAGAGAAGCAGACGAAUGCGGUGAAUAUGAAAAAUGUUUGACUGCAAGGCAGGCAGAAAAACAAAAAAAAAAUGUAGUAAUAAAAUAACUAACUGUAUAAGCCGUAAGUACGAAGUAAAAUAAAAUUGAUAAAAUGCAAUGCCAAAUAGAGUACAUACAUAUGUUCUAAGAAACAAAUCAACACACAUACACACCCAAGUAUGUAUGUAUAUGUAGUUAUAUGGGUUGCACAGCACGCAACAACAACAUAAAUGCAAGUAAACCAACAUACAAAAUGAAAAUCAAAAGUAAUAAUAAAGAAAAUUUAUAGCAUAAGUAUAAGUGAAAAUGCUGCAUUAAAGAGGAAAUUAUAAAUAAAGAAAUUAUUAUACAAAAAUAUAAA